AUGCCCACAGAACUCCCAUAUGCCGCAGAUGCAGAGAUGUCGCUCACAUACGAUGAGCUAGAGGUCCUCCGACUGCAAUACCAGAAGGAGCUUGCCCAAGACCACGUUACGACGCAGACAAAGUUCAAUCUCUGCUGGGGCCUCGUGAAGAGUCCUAUACGCGAACACCAGGUCGAGGGCGUCAAACUGCUGCAAGAGAUCUACCGCGCAGAACCGACCAGGCGACGCGAGUGUCUGUAUUACCUAGCCCUGGGACACUUCAAGAUGGGCAACUUUGAGGAGGCGAGGAGGUUCAACGGUCUUCUCCUGGAGAAGGAGCCUACGAAUCUGCAGGCACAGUCACUAGCCCAGCUCAUAAGUAAAGGAGCUGCACGAGAUGGGUACAUUGGCAUGGCCAUCGUCGGCGGGGUAGCUGCGGUCGGAACCAUCCUUCUUGCAGGCCUAAUACGGCGAGCCCGCAAAUAA